AUGGCUCACAGAGGAGAUCGGCUGGAGAAAAUCACCUGUUCCAUCUGUUUGGAUUUCCUGAAGGAUCCUGUGACCAUUGCAUGUGGACACAGCUACUGUAUGAUCUGUAUUAAACAAUCCUGGGAUACAGAUGAGACCAAAGUCUGUAAAUGCCCUCAGUGCAGGACAGAGUUCAAACCGAGGCCGGUCCUGGUGAAAAACAUCAUAUUAGCAGAGUUGGUGGAGGAUCUGAAGAAGACUGGGCUCCAAGCUGCAACUGCUGAUCACUGGUAUGCUGGACCUGAAAAUGUUACCUGUGAUUCCUGCACUGAGCGGAAGACAAAAGCUGUCAAGUCCUGCAUGGUUUGUUUGGUUUCUUAUUGUGAGAAUCACCUUGAAGCUCAUGAUGACGACCCUGAAUUAAAGAAACACAAGCUGGUGAACCCGUCCAAAGAGCCGCUACACAGCAUCUGCUCUCAUCAUGAUGAGGUGAUGAAGAUCUUCUGUCGUACUGAUCAGCAGUGUAUCUGUUAUCUCUGCUUAAUGGAUGACCACAAAGGCCAUGACACAGUCCCAGCUGCAGCAGAAAUGGCUGAAAAAAAGAAGAAGCUCCAGGUGGCUCGAAACCAAAUCCAGCGGAAUAUGCAGGACCAAGAGCAAGAAGUGAAGCUGCUUCAACAGGAGGUGGAGGCCAUCAAUGCGUCUGCUGAUAAAGCAGUGGAGGACAGUGAGAAGAUCUUCACUGAGAUGAUCCGUCUCCUCCAGAAGAAAAGCUCUGAUGUGAAGCAGCAGAUCAGAUCCCAGCAGGAAACUGAAGUCAACCAAAUAAAAGAGCUUCAGGAGAAACUGAAGGAGGAGAUCACAGAGCUAAAGUGGAAAGACGCUGAGCUGGAGCAGCUCUCAAACAUGGAGAAUCACAGCCAGUUUCUCCUCAACUACACUUCACUGCCAGACCUAAGUGAGUUUAUACACUCGCAGGGCAUCUACAUGCAUGCUUGGAAAAACUUCAAGGAUGUGAUAGCAGCUGUGUCAAAGCUCAGAGAUCAACUGCAGGAUAUUCUGACAGACACUGGUACAAACACGCCAGUUAAAGUCAGCAAGGUGGAGGCUUUAAAGUCGGAACCAGAACCAAAAACCAGAAAUGAGUUCUUAAAAUAUUCAAAAGAAAUCACUCUGGAUCCAAACACGGUGAACUUAAAGCUGUUAUUAUCAGAGGGGAACAGAAAAGUAACGAGAAAGAAUAAAAAACAGUCUUAUGCUGAUCAUCCAGACAGAUUCACUGGUUGUUGUCAAGUCCUGAGCAGAGAGAGUCUGACUGGACGUUGUUACUGGGAGGUGGAGAUGAGAGGAGACAGAGUUGGAGUAGCAGUUUCAUACAAGACCAUCAGCAGAGCAGGGUUGUCAGAGAAAUGUGAGUUUGGAAUGAAUGACAUCUCUUGGUCAUUUGACUGCCGAACAAAGAAUUACACAAUUUAUCACAACAGAGUUGAAACUCCAGUAUCAGGUCCAGUUUCCUCCAGAAUAGGAGUGUACCUGGACCACACAGCAGGUAUUCUGUCUUUCUACAGCGUCUCUAAAACCAUGACUCUCCUCCACAGAGUCCAGACCAGAUUCACUCAGCCGCUACAUGCUGGGAUUUGGCUGUUUUAUGUUGACUCAUCUGCUGAGUUCAUUAAGAUGAAAUAGUCAGCAGUGAUCUGAGAUCCGGUUGGUUAAAAUCUGUUCUUUGGCCCAAGUCUCUUUAGUCUCCAUCAUUGUAAACUCCAUGUAAUUUCUUCACUUCUCUGAGAUCAGCCAUCUUUAUGGAGCUACUUUGUCAUUGUUUUUAGUUGAUGUUGGAGUUUGGAUGUUGUCCCGUCUCUCCAAUGAAGCUCUCGUCUUUCCUAUUUUUGACAGUCCAAACUGUUGUGUGGUUCUGUUAGUAUGAAGCCAACUUCUGCUCCAUUACACUCUGCCUUUAGACAAAAAACAAUCAUGAAGGUUAAUCACUUUUUUCUUUUUUUUAGUAAUCAGUGGUUCAUUGUAUCUUUUAGUUCUGAUUUUUAUAUUGUGUGGAAAUUGUGACUGAAACUGUUUAUCCUGUUAAUGAUUGAGUCUAUGACGUGUGAGGUAACUGAAACGACUGUAUGUGAUGCCACUUGGGAGUCAUACAUUCAUAUAACUGUCUGAAUAAAAUCCCUCUGAUUUACUGCCUAGAAUAACCAAUGAACAGAUCAAUCGUGACCAGUCCCUGGAGGCUGGUCACAUGUACUGAAAAUAACUGUUGAAAAUGUAUUUUUUCUAAAAAUCCUUUGCAGAUUCAGCAUUUUGAGUGAAUCCCUGCUGAAUAUUAUUUGGUUUUUCCUGCCAUGUGUGAUUCAGGCUUCAAUAUUUCAGGCUUAGUUUCUAAAUGCGCUGAAGCAGGUCAGUUUUAGAUGUGAUUUAUUUCUUCAUAUAACAUUUGAUAAACUGUCACUCACUGGAAAAAGUGUAAAUGAUAUUUUAGAUUCAGUUAAAUUUACUGAUAAGUGAUCGAAUGAAAUUUUACUCUGUCAAGCUGUGAAAUUGAUAUAUGAAAGUGUUCUGAUUCAAACAAACUGUGUAAAUUAAGUAAAUUUUGAUGAAAUCCAUUUGUACCGUCAAUGAAAUGUAAUGGAAGCUUAAAAUCAAUAAGCAAACUUAAAAUUUUCAAUCACAUUUAUCAUCUUUACUGGCUGCAGACCAAUGGU